UGAAGAUGUUGUUUGAGAAGGACAGAUCAUUUGACUUUCCGAUAUGGCCGCGAGUCCCCCAUCAUUCCACCCCCAAAUUUGAUUAAUAAUAAUUCUCAAACAACAAUUCUUUGAUUUGAUUUGAUUUGUGUAGCAAAUUCUCGAAAACAAACAGAAAGAAAGAAAGAUGGUGGAUGAUGAUCAAUUCAAUGGAGGAACUUGAUCGGAUAAAAGAGACGAAGAAGAGAUCGGGGAAGAUGGGGAUUAUUCCGUACGCCGCCAGACUCCGUUUCCGGUCACGGUUUCGAUCCUCAAUUGACUCCUACUGCUUCGCUCAUGAGGCCUUCUCCGAUCAAGAAGCUGACUUCGCUGACAAAGAUCCCACCGGCCGCUACAUUAGGUAUCAUGAUGUCCUGGGGAGAGGCGCUUUCAAGACUGUGUAUAAGGCGUUUGAUGAAGUAGAUGGAAUUGAGGUAGCUUGGAACCUGGUCAGCAUCGAAGACGUUAUGCAGAUGCCUGGUCAGCUUGAAAGGCUCUAUUCCGAGGUUCACCUCCUCAAAGCUCUUAAACACGAAAACAUCAUCAAACUCUUCAACUCUUGGGUCGACGAGAAGAACAAGACUAUUAACAUGAUCACCGAGCUUUUCACCUCUGGUAGUCUCAGGCUGUACCGUAAGAAGCAUAGGAAGGUUGAUCCCAAGGCCAUCAAGAACUGGGCAAGGCAGAUUCUUAAAGGCUUGACCUAUUUGCAUUCUCAGAAGCCUCCUGUUAUCCACCGGGAUCUCAAGUGUGACAAUAUAUUCGUCAAUGGAAACACUGGUGAGAUCAAAAUUGGUGAUCUCGGCCUUGCAACUGUGCUCCAGCAACCCACUGCUCGAAGCGUCAUUGGUACUCCCGAGUUUAUGGCCCCUGAGCUGUAUGAGGAGGAAUACACUGAGCUUGUCGACAUCUACUCUUUCGGCAUGUGUAUGUUGGAGAUGGUUACCUGCGAAUAUCCCUACAACGAGUGCAGAAACCAGGCUCAGAUUUACAAGAAGGUCACCUCGGGUAUAAAGCCUCAAUCUCUCAGCAGAGUUGAUGAUCCUCUAGUUAGGCAAUUCAUAGAGAAAUGUCUUCUUCCCGCCUCUUCUAGACCAAAGGCUCUCGAGCUCUCCAUGGACCCCUUCCUCGCCAGAGAUGGAAGCAAGGACUCUGCUUCUCUUCUUGCUUCAACAAGCACUGCUUCUAAACCACCACAUCCUGAACAUCUUCCCAUGGAUGUGGAUCAUCAUCAUAACGAGAAUAAAAGUGUCUCAGUCUCCUCCUCUCGGAAAAGCAACAACGAAGAAUCGUACCCCUGGUGCCAGACCAUUGAACUUCAGAGGUUUGCAGAGGAUAAAGAGUUCAGGUUGAGAGGAGAGAGGAGCGAUGAUGCCACGGCGUCAAUGCUUCUGCGUAUCGGUGAUUCAUCUGGCAAAGGAAGAAUCGUACACUUUGCAUUCUAUCUGAAUUCAGACACAGCAACAGCAAUCGCUGAGGAAAUGGUUGAGGAGCUGCACCUAACUAGCCAAGAGGUUAUAGUGAUAGCUGAUAUGAUCAAUGACUUGAUAAUGCAACUUCACUCUGAGCGGUCCUCCUCUUCGCAUCCAAAUCAAACCUCUCCACAUCUAGCCGUCCCUGAGGAUCAUGAAGCAGCAAAUCAGCUAACUGCGAACUCGAAAGAUGAAGAAUCAAUGAAGUCUGGCAUAUCAACAGACUAUUACUUGCCCUUCUCCUCAAACGGAAGUGCUGGCCAGGAGGCAGAGUCCAUGAGCUCGUUUCUUGAUUCUUGCUCAAUGAUGUCAACCCUUUACAUUUCAGACAACGAGUAUCCAGAAGAUCUCAAGACAGAACUGAACAUGAUCGAGUCACAAUAUAACCAGUCCGUCCAAGAUCUGCUGAAACUCAAGGAAGAUGCUGUUGAGAACGCAAAGAGAAAAUGGAUUGUAAAAAAGCAAAAAGGUUUGUGAUCAUCAAAGCCCUGAUUCUGGCACUUAUUCUUGGGGCCAUGAAUGGUGUGAUGAUAUAUUUACAAUUGGUGUUUGGAUAUUUUGAUUUGAUGUAUUUUGUACUUAGCAAACAUGGAAUAGUGUUAUUCGACUUCUAUUA